GAGCGGAGAGGGAGGGCGGGGGCGGGGCCAGGCCAGGCCGGGACCUCCGCUGUCCUGGGUCCUGGAGCGCUCCCCCCUCCCGCAGGCCCCUCCCUGACCGGCCCGGACGCAGGGUGUGCUGGUCAGGACGCCCCACGCUCGGCGAUCGCCGGCCCGGACUGCAGGGUCCAGCGAUCGCGGUUGCGCCCCGCCCCAGGUGCUGCGCUCUGGGCCAGGCGGCCGCGGGGGAUCCGGGCGGGCUCAGCUCCGUGCUGCCGCGGGGCUGCGUCUCGGAGACUCCGAGGGCUAGGGCUCUGUGCCCAUUCCUGCCUGGCUGGCUUCCGCUGGUGGUCCUGCGAGAACAUGGUGCAGAAGUACCAGUCUCCUGUCUGCGUCUACAAGUACCCAUUUGAGUUGGUCAUGGCGGCCUAUGAGAAGCGCUUCCCCACCUGCCCGCAGAUCCCGGUCUUCCUGGGCAGCGAGGUCCUACGCGAGUCCCGCAGCGCUGAUGGGGCGGUGCACUUGGUGGAGCGGAGCUGCCGGCUGCGGGUGGAAGCCCCGCGGCUGUUGCGGAAGCCGCCACCUCACGUCCAGCACGCACGUCCCUGCUGCCCUGUCCCUGCAGAUUGCAGGCGUCGAGCACGUGGUCUUCGUGCAAAGAAACGUCUUGAACUGGAAGGAGAGGACUCUCCUCAUCGAAGCGCACAACGAGACCUUCGCCAGCCGCGUGGUGGUCAAGGAGAACUGCAGCUACACGGUCCACCCUGAGAAUGAAGACUGGACAUGCUUUGAGCAGUCUGCCUCGCUUGACAUCCGGUCCUUCUUUGGCUUUGAAAGUGCCUUGGAGAAGAUCGCCAUGAAGCAGUACACAGCCAACGUCAAGAGGGGGAAGGAGGUGAUCGAGCAUUACCUGAACGAGCUCAUCUCCCAGGGCACCUCUCACAUUCCCCGGUGGACAACUGCCCCAGUCCCAGAGGAGGACACCCACUCCCGGGCUGGGCUGAGGGAUCCUGGCUCCCUGGAGGUCUGCGGGCCUGGUAGCGCCCAGGGCCCUGCUCCCGAGAUGGUCAGUACUGAUGGGGACAAGCUGGAUGCGGACUACAUUGAGAGGUGCCUGGGCCAUCUCACACCCAUGCAGGAGAGCUGCCUGAUCCAGCUGCGGCAUUGGUUGCAGGAGACCCACAAAGGCAAGAUCCCCAAAGACGAGCACAUCCUUAGGUUCCUGCGGGCUCGAGACUUCCACCUGGACAGGGCCCGUGAGAUGCUGUGCCAGUCCUUGAGCUGGCGAAAGCAGCACCAGGUGGACCUCCUCCUUCAGACCUGGCGACCCCCUGCCCUCCUGGAGGAGUUCUACGCAGGGGGCUGGCACUACCAGGACAUAGAUGGCCGCCCCCUGUACAUCUUGCGUCUGGGCCACAUGGACACCAAGGGCUUGAUGAAGGCCGUGGGGGAGGAGGUGCUGCUGCAGCAUGUUCUUUGCGUCAAUGAGGAAGGACAGAAGCGGUGUGAAGGGAACACAAAACAGUUUGGCCGUCCCAUCAGCUCCUGGACCUGCCUGGUGGACCUGGAGGGUCUCAGCCUGCGGCACCUGUGGCGGCCAGGGAUAAAGGCCUUGCUGCGCAUGAUCGAGGUGGUGGAGGACAAUUAUCCUGAGACCCUGGGCCGGCUGCUCAUCGUGCGAGCCCCCCGCAUCUUCCCUGUGCUCUGGACGCUGAUCAGCCCCUUCAUCAAUGAGAACACCAGGCAGAAGUUCCUCAUCUACAGUGGCAGCAAUUAUCAGGGUCCCGGAGGCCUUGUCGACUACCUGGACAAAGAAGUGAUCCCCGACUUCCUCGGGGGAGAGUGCCUGUGUAACGUCCCUGAAGGAGGGCUGGUCCCCAAGUCCCUCUACCUGACGGAAGAGGACCAGGAGCACAAAGACCAGCUGCAGCAGUGGAGAGAGACCUACCAGUCGGCCAGCGUGCUCCGCGGGGCCCCCCAUGAGGUCGCAGUGGAGAUUCUGGAGAGGGAGUCAGUCAUCACCUGGGACUUUGACAUCCUGCAAGGGGACGUGAUGUUCAGUCUGUACCACACCAAGCAGGCUCCCAAGCCGGGCCCCCGGGAGCCUGGUGCCAGGGCUGGCAGGCAGCUGACAGACAAAGGCUGGGCCCUGGGUGCAGAUUACAGCCGUGUGGAGGCCCCCCUCAUCUGCCGGGAAGGGGAGAGCAUCCAGGGCUCCCACGUGACCCAGUGGCCUGGCGUCUACCUGCUCCAGUGGCAAAUGCACAGUGCCCCUGGCCACAUGGCCUGCAGCCUCCCGGGCGUGGAGGAUGUCCUGAUGGCCCUGCACAGCCCUGGCCCCAGGUGCAAACUCCUCUACUACUACGAGGUGCUGGCGUCUGAGGACUUCAGGGGCUCCAUGUCCAGCCUGGAAUCCUGCACCAGCCGCUUCUCCCAGCUCAGCGCCACCACCUCUUCCUCCGGCCAGUCCCACAGCAGCUCCCUGGUCUCCAGAUAGUCAGGACUGAGCCCUGCGGGGCAGCCUGCUUGCCUCCCACAUCCACAAGUAUCCACGAGGCCUGGGACCAUGUGGGCUGCAGCCCUGGAUCUGGACAUAGCCAAAGUCGGGCUGGCUGGAGCCCUGUGGGCUCUUGAAGUGGUGAGAACAGAAUCAUCUCCGAUGGGGCUUCGCGUACGAAAAGCCACGGGGUGGGCUAACCACGUUCAGGUCUGGGGGCUCAGGGAUGUCAUCAGGCUCAGUGCCCCCCUGCACCCUGCCACCUCUGGCUCUGCUUCCCUGGGGUGGCCUCCUUCUCAGGGGCCUCCUAAGACUAUUGGGGUUCCCCCCAUAAGAAGCAGGAAUGUUGGGUGUUUGCCAUAGCAUCUAAACCCAUGGAGAUGCCCUGGGUCCCAGGAUAUGCUGGUGAGCAGUUAUUUGAGUUACAGGCCCCACUCUGUGGGGGAGCCACCUACCCUGGACUUGAAGUUCAUUUUCCCAGCACAUGACUGGGCAGGCCUAACCCUGACCACCCCUGACUUGAAGACGGUGGGAAGGCCCAGGUUUUCUGCUGAGUUCCAGGCAGUGAUAAAGCGGCUCUGGCUAUCUUUAUACUCUCUGGAGGUCCCUUUCUCUCCUGGGAAUCUGUUUAAUUGAAACUUUUUUGGUUGUAAGUCACCUCCCAGUGGCUUAAACAAAAAAGGGUGACCAAUCAUGGGUGCAUGUAACUGGCCAGUGUAGGAGGACUUGCUUCAGGUAAGGCUGGAUCCAGGCUCUCAAUGUGUCAUCAGCACUCCCCUGUGGAGUGGGGGCUAUGACUUUGUUGCAGCUGCCCUGGGGCAAAUCUGACCCCCAGAACCAGCUCCAAUAUUGAAAGACUUUCCCCGAGUUCCUGCAUGGGAGGGGUGUGGGUCUCCUUGGGGUCUGAGGACAUUUCUCCUUUCAUUUCCUGGGCCUGCAAAAAGGCAACAGGUCAGAGGUCACCACUGGCAGCCUGCAGUCUGAUCUGGCCUGCUUUUAAUUUUUUUUUUUUUUUGCGGUACGCGGGCCUCUCACUGUUGUGGCCUCUCCCGUUGCGGAGCACAGGCUCUGGACGUGCAGGCUCAGCAGCCAUGGCUCACGGGCCUAGCCGUUCCGCGGCAUGUGGGAUCUUCCCGGACCGGGGCACGAACCCGAGUCCUCUGCAUCGGCAGGCGGACUCUCAACCACUAGCGCCACCAGGGAAGCCCCCGGCCUGCUUUUAGUGUUUUUGUUUUUUGCCUAAACAAAAGGUUUAAAAAUUGGGGCAUUUCACACAGAAAUCAGGAUUUACAGCUUCACUUAAGCAUAUAGGAGUGUUGGCUAAACAGAGCCACUAUUGCUGUGUAAAGACAACACAGCUGCGCCCCUGGAUGGGGCCACCCCAGUCCCCGCCCCUCUCUAUCAACCCACCCCUAGCCCACAUCACUCACUUGCAUUAUCUGCCUGGGAGGGACUUCACUGAAGUAGCUCCACAGUCUGGGGCGAGAGACUCAGCGUUACUCUCAUCUCACAGCUUUGCUUACAGUUGGGGUUGUCUCUGGCUGACACCCAGAGUCGCUGGGCCUUGCCCAAGGGGUGAGUUCACAACCAAGGGGAUGCCACCUCCAUGCAAGCUCGACAUGACGGGGCAAGGACCUACUUCCAUGCCACCCUCAACCCCAUACCUGGAGUAGAGGGAAGGAGCCGUCCUCAGAGACCCCCUUCUCCCUGCAGAGAGGGAGCCUUGCCCACCUUUAAGGUUUUCAGUUCACUUCUCAGAUAUAGGAACAAAAUCCCAAACUCUGUAUCCUGCAUUAAGGUGUAUGUGUACAUGCAUGAGGGAGAGAGAGAGGGAGGAAGAUUGGAGACAUUCUUAAAACUAAUUGCUCCCAUGUCACCAGGCGUUUAUCGCUGGGAGCAAUCUGCAAUAUUUUCAACUAUCUUUAGGUGAAUUUCUAGCUUGUCUCUACAAACGAGAAGCAUUUUGGGGUAAGCUGCCCUGGCACUCCCCGCACACUUAGUGUCUAGGACUAGCCCCCAGUGAAGGAUGGAGAAGCCUUUCCUUCACUUGAGUUUAUAAGUAGCUUUUGACAAGUGGAACCUGGAUCUGCUGAUUCCAGAGAGGAAGGUCGGCUAUCAGCUGUGCAGACUUAGCAGCAGCGAUAAGGAGCCUCGGCCCUCUGUUUUUGAGAGCUUGCUCUCCUCCCCACCUCGGGAAAGCCCCAGCUCAAACAGGUUUAAGCAACAAAGGGAAUUCCCUGGCUCCUGUAACCGGGAUGGCCGAGGGUGGUGCUUGCUUGCUUCCGGUACGACUGCACGCAGGAGCCCAGUGUCCUCAGGCUCAUGUGCUGAUCCUUAGCCUCACCCAGGCCUCUUGGUUCUGCAUCACUUUGCAUGCUGGCCUGUCCUCUUGUCCACCUUCAGGGGAAGGUGGCUGCCAGCAGCCCCUAGCCUACAACCACAGGGCUCUCAAUCUCUAAGCCAGAAAGAGACUCUUUCCAUCUCAAAUUCCAGAGAAGCCCUCUGACUGGCCCUGGGCAAGUCACGUACUCACUCUUGUGGACAUACUGGCCAAGAGGCUGGGGGUCCUGUGAUCGACAUUCCCUCCAGAAGCAAGAGUGGAGUAGGGGAGGGCCAGUCACCCAAUGGACAAAGGGAGCUGGGCCACAGGAGCAGCAGGUGGCCACAGUGGCAUCUGCUAUUGUUCUUCUGUGCUGGAGGUCCCUGGGGCCCAUGUUGGAGCAUCAUCAGUCAGUAGCCAUUCUUCUUACCUUUGGGAGGCUUGGGGUUAAAAAUCCCAGGAAGCGCUGCCGAGCUCUUGGCUUCUGAAUUCCCCAGACCCCAGGGCUGGAAGCUCCUUGCCUUGGUUUCUUCCUCCAUCUUGUUCAUUAGCCUAUUGUGGCCAGGACAGAAAUGGCCCAUUAGCAAUAGGACCUGCCCAGGCACUGGGUUUAGGAGCCUGGGUCGUAAAAUCUCGACAAAGUGGGGUUCAAGCCGCAGCCAUCCUUUCACUAGCUGUGUGACCUCCAGCAGGUGACUUAACCUCUCUUUGCCUAAAUAUCCUCAUCUGUAAACUAGGGAUAGCAGAGCCUACCUCAUUCACUGGGUUGUAGUGGGAUGAAACAAGAGUGGCUGUGAAGUCCUCAGCCUGGCACAUGGAAAGCUCUUGAUAAAAGUCAGUGGUUAUUCUGAUUAUUUAAUGCUUCUCAUCCAAAGACUCCAGACUUCCUGUGAGGACAUCCAUCACUGUUUUACACACUGUGCAUCUGGAGAAAAGUGGGAGAUUGGGAUACUAGUUACCUCUGACUUUCCCUUUUUAGAAACUGCUUGUGUUCUCUGGGCACAUCCACUCAUCUGUAAGAGCAUCAUUCAAAGUGGUGUUUCCUUCAACAAGCUACAGAAUGUUCUCCCCACGGGUUGAGACUUUUUUUCCUACCCUGCGUCUGGAAUUUCUCCCCCUGUAAAAUGAACUGAUCACACAGUCUGUUUCAGCCAGGAAAACACGAUGUUUCUUGUUCACCGGAUCGUUUGCUCCAACCAGAAGCAUUAAACGUUUUAGAUUUGGA